CAUGCGUAGUGCGCUGUGGUUGGAUGAGGUAAUCCGCCUGCGGACGGCUGGUGCGCAUGCGCGGGCGGCCCAGUUUGAGUCGCUCAGCAGCUGGAUCUGGAACAUGGACGUGCAGCUGGCGCCGCUCCGGGCCUGGGGAGAUUUCUUCCCGGGAACUGACCGCUUCUCCCGGCCGGAUUUCAAAGACAUUUCCAAAUGGAACAACAGAGUAGUGAGCAACCUGCUGUACUACCAGACCAACUACCUGAUCCUGGCCGCAGCCACUGUCUGCCUGGUGGGGUUUUUAAGCCCCUUUAACAUGAUACUAGGAGGGAGCGUUGUCAUCUUGGUGUUCCUGGGAUUUGUGUGGACGUCGCACAAUAAGGACUUUGUCGGCAAAUUUAAGAAGCAGUACCCCACUCUCUUCAUUCUGUCCAUCAUGUUGUCCAGCUACUUUGUCAUCUCUCUCUUCGGAGGCGUAAUGGUCUUCGUGUUCGGGAUUACUUUCCCACUACUGCUGAUGUUUAUCCAUGCAUCUCUGAGGCUCCGUAACAUAAAGAACAAAAUGGAGAACAAGAUGGAGGGGAUCGGACUGAAGAGGACGCCUAUGGGCAUUGUCCUGGAUGCUCUUGAACAGCAGGAGGAAAACUUCGCCAAAAUAGGGGACUUUAUUAAUAGAGUAAAGGAAUGAGUUGAUCUCUUUUACACCCGUCUCCCCCCAUCCCCCAAACUAACCCCCUAUCUCCUUCACCAUAUACCAGUUGAGGUUGAUCGUUUAUUUUCAGUUGUGUCUACCGGUGGGAAUUAAUCACAGCCAUUUAUUCUUCCACAAAUACCUGGUCAGACUUCUUCCCUCACUGUGUGACAUAACAACACUGCAGUGUUGGGGGGGGGGGGAUUGUGCAUUGUGUAUACUGAUAUUUCCCCCAUAUCACAGUCUGACCCACUGAUGUGUACUUUUAUGGGUGAUCUUAACAAUAUGGGGGAACCACCGCCUCAUUCAUUGAGGUCUUUACAUCCAAAGUAUUGUAAAGGAAUGCAGUGUUGUUGCUCUUGUGUCCCUGUGGGAUGCGUAGACCAGAUAUGUCAGGACAAACUAUCCCUGUGUUCAACAAUCCUCCGAAGUCACUGGGGUAUCAGCUGUUUUCAGUUUCUAUAUAUAUUAUUGGCUUUAUAACCUAUAUGUUGGCUAUGGAUGUCUUUGAUUUAGAUUUUGCGUUCAUUCUGUGCAGAGCAGCGGGAAUGAAGCAUACCCAGCACUUGAUAUAGUAAUCAUUAAUCCCUAUGGGGAAACAGAUUCACCAUUCACAUAAUUACAAAAACUCAACAGGCCAUGGAAGCAGGACAACUGUCUGACUGCGUCCGCUAAGCACAUUCUGCCGAGCUGUAUAAGCUGCAGGGGAUGACUAGCCAAUCACGCACACCUGUCUAUGCAAUGUCUUAGGAAGUUUGUCGACAGCCAGUUAUAGUGACUGAGCUAGCCUACAGAGAUGAGUUGGGUACAGGAUCCCAACAGUCAGGGUGCCGACGGUCAGUAUACCGACGGCAGUAUUCCGACGGUCAUAAUCCCUACACAUUUUGGUAAGUAGGCUAACCCUAACGCUCCUGCAGCCUAACCCUAACUGUCCCCACUCCCUAGUGCUGAACCCGCCCCCCUUUCCAAUACUUAUGUUCGGGAUUGUGCUGUGUUUUUAUUGAUGUGGUCAUUAGAUCCCAACAGAGAUGGUGUGCGUGGACGAUAGGGAAGAUUCGCCUCCCCGAUUUAAUGGCUUCCAGUCCCGGCUGAUAACAAGGGGUUGGAGUUGCUGUAAGGUGUCCUCUCCUUUUGGUUAUCUCUUGGGGAAAAUAAUAGAUUACAUUUUAAUACCACUGUAUAAUUAUAACUCGAGCAGUUAUAUGAUGUUUAUGCUAUUUAACCAUAUUCUUGUUAUUAAUUAUACUUUAAUAGUUUAUAUUUAAGUAAUAUUUUUUUCCCCGCAUUAUUUGCACGCUUGUCAUUAAUGGAAACAUGCGGCUGAGUAGUUAGAGGGCGUCUAUGCAAAAUUCUGUGUACUUUAUAAACCAAGGAUUUAGCUUCGCUUUUGUCUCCAGUUUUCCUUUUGCACUACAUCAGAUAAUAUGUCUGCAUUUUCAUGUUACACUCCUCCUACCCUGAUAUUAUUGUUUGAGGAUAUUGUGUACUACUAAAGAGGGAAAGUGGAGGUGUCGCCCAUAGCAUCCAAUCAGAUUCUUGCUAUCAUUUUGUGGCAUGUUACUACUAAAAUGGUUGCUAGAAUCUGAUUGGUUGCUGGGGUUAAAACCUCCACUUUCUCUCUCUCUCUAGACAUUUUAGUAAGUCUGCCCCUAGGUGUUUAAUAGGAGGGAGAGGAAUUUAUGUGACUGGUAUUUUCAUCAGGUCUUGGCGCUGUUUAUUUACAGCGUCUAUUUAUAGACUCGCUCUUGUCUGUUCUCUAGGGUGAUCUGAGUACUGUUAUGGGUUAAUUCAGUUGCGAUGGUGCAAUGUGCCCUACUGGAACAGCACCUUGUGGCCGGUAGCGUCAAUUGGGCCUAAUUCAGACCUGAUCGCUGUUGUGCGUUUUCGCACAGCAGCCGAUCAGGUCUGAACUGCGGCGCAUGCCAGGCAGCCGAUGGCCAUCUCAGCCCAGCGAUCCCCUUUGCCUGAUUGACAGGUGGAGGUGGGAGCGGGUGGGCCGGCGGCGUUUGGCCGCCAUUUAGGCGGCGCGGAGCCCAAAUAGUUUCUCCUUGUUAAAAUAAUAUUUAUUGUUGAUACAAACACUGUACUCGGCACCACCCAAUUAUACCUUUGCUUUCAUUGUCUGGCCUGGUCUCUCAAAUGAAAGCUGUUUGUCAGUUGCUUGUUGUGGUUUAGUGCAAACUUUCACCAAAAUUGUCAUUCCCCCUCCGGUCUCAUGUUUCCGUCAGUAUUGCUAGUAGGUCAUUCUUUAUUAUCAGUGAAUGGAUUUUGGUUGAUUGUGUUGACACAUUACAUAGUUUCACUUGGUGAUUCUCUGUUUACUUCUUGGAGAAAUAUAUUUAAGUUUAUUAUGUAAAGGCUAUAUUAUUUAGACUCUGCGAUAGAGUAAAGAGUUAUAUUUCUGUAUUAUUUAUGCGCAUGUGCACAUUAUUUAAGAGCUGCUUCGUAGCUGAUGUAAAGCUGAAUGCAUUAAAAAAAAAAAUAAGCUUCUCUUGUAGCCGUGGUUUCCUCCAUUGUCUCUGAUAAUCCAUGCUUCCUCGUACUGGAUUUUAUAUUUAGAGUAUGAUUCUGAUUUGGAAGUAAAGCAAAAAAAAUAAAAAGUACCUGUGCAAAACCAUUUUGCACUGCAGGUUGGGCAGAUGUAACAUGUGCAUAGAGAGUUAGAUUUGAGUGGGGUGUGUCCAAUCUGAAAUCUCAAUUGCAGUGUAAAAAUAAAGCUAACAUUUGUGGGCUACAUGCAGAAAAAGCCAUUGUUUACCAUGCACAGAAACAAUAUAAAUGUAUUUGCUCCCCUAGAAUUGCAACAUGGUUUGUUCCAGAUACAGUUACUUGUUUGUUUUUUGCUUUACUUCCAAAUCUGAAUCGGAUCGCCCACAGUUGUGACUUUCAAACUGGUCCUGCACCCAUUAGUUAUACGUACAAGGGCUGCUUACAGUCAGCCAUUGCACUUGUGGGCAGCCUGACUGGACAUGGAAUGUACGUGAUUAUCUAAAUCACUAUGUUAGUCCCAGGUGAAGGCCGAGCGUAUAGACGUUGAAGGCAAGAAUAAAUACAUACAUACAUACAUACAUACAUACAUACAUCUGUUGUUAGCAGACUGGUUGUUAUCAUUGUAGUGCUUUUAUGCGGGGCAGCGAGCAUUCUGCGCCAUUUAGUUUACGAGCCCUCUGCACGCAACGUACAUUCCUGUUAGCUCCUCAGGAUUGAAUCUGUGACCAUAACCCUGUAGCUUACAAGCUAUAAAUUUACAUUUAAUGCCUGGUAACAACUUUAUAUAAAUAUUUUACAAGACCGUACAGAGAUUGGGGAUUGAAUGGGAUACAAACAUCAGUUUAUUCUUGCCGUUUGGAAAGUUGCUUUAUUGCUUCCUACCUCCGGUAAGCAAUGUUAUGUCACAUGGGUCUCAUACUUCACUGGAAGUUAUCAGUCUAUGGAGCAUAUGGUGCUGAUGUACUGUUACCCAUAGGUUUCCAUUCAUCGGACCGUCUUCAGUAAUUGUAUAGUGACUGCUGGGUUGCUAUAGGUUACUGCAGACUUGUAUGAUUUGCUAAUAAAUGAACCUGCACAGAGUGACCUGUUAAAUUUGGCUCGUGGUCACAUCUUUUGGGAUACCAUCAAGAGUUUUGUUUACAAUUUGACUAUAUACUAUGCUGCAUAUAAUGUACUCCAGUGUAACUUGAAUAAUUGCCUGUACUGGUAGAGUGUUAUGCGGUGUGACACAAUUGGGUGCGUUGUAUGUAAGAGCAUUUGUGUUCUAGCUAGAAGUGCGGCACAGCUCACUGGGUGACUGGCGGCAGAGGGGAAGAUGCAUGUGUAAUGUAUACUAUAUGUGCAAUAUUUCACAAUGUGUAUGGAAGCUUUGAAGCUGAGAAGCAAAUUGCCAAUAAACUGUUACCUGACUGA